AAUCAACCCCUGGUAAAUUUAUAUGUCGGAAGUACGUUGAAUAUAAACAAUUUAAAUUCAAGUUUUGUCGAAAUAAUUGGUGAUUUAUUCAAGGGUACUGAUAAAACUAAAUAUAUUAAAAAAAGUUAUUAUCCCGAACAUUAUCGUGGGAUCACAAUUUUAAAAGAUCCGUGUUUGUCACUAGAAUCAUUCAAGUUAUAUAAUUAUUUAAAAAUUAAUAUUAAUAACAAUGGAGAAUAUUCAACUUACGACACAAAAAUAUCAAAUGACAUAAAUUUUGGUAUCCCUCGUGCUUUCAUGCGUAAUAAUUAUUUUUAUGGUGUAAUCGAAAUUUGUCGUAUUAAAAAAAUCGAUGACUUAAAUAUUAAAGUUAUUGAUGAACAUGAUUUUUUUAAUAUGGAUACAGGUAUGAAUUAUAAUAUUUUACUAAAUACAACAGCAAUUUUUCAUCUUAGAAAAAAUAGAGAAACACAUUACGUAUCAUCUAUAACCACCGGAAACUGUUUUUAUCAAGUAAAAAUUUUGUUUAUUAUAGAAUCAUAGUCGAAUUUCAUUGUCUGAUCCCAUUGACUCUAAACUUCCCCUCAAUCUUGGUUCUCACUACAAGCUACGUUGUCUCCCACCUAGUGCUACACAUUUUUAUUUGAUUAUGUAUGUUUAUAAAUGCAUAUUUAUGUAGAUAUAAAAGUAGAUGCGAGUAGUUUACUCUUUAAAGGAGAAGAGAGAUUCGAUAAGUCUGAAUUUACAGAAAAUUUCCUCUUCUUCAUCAACUAGCUGUCAGACAAUGGAAUUCUACUGUACAGACAAAAAUAUAUUCUUUAUCAUUAUUAACCAAUUCUAUAUUGUUUUUAAUCACAGGUUUAUGUAAAUAAUGGAAAAUUAUGCAACGGCAAGAGUUAUUAUUUUGACAUUGACAAGAUAAAUAAUUUUUUUGAAUUUCCUUUGUACAAAAGUCAUUUAAUAACUGCUAGUAGAGCAAAAUCUAUUAGAAAUUGGAGAAAACAUUAUGGUUUUUCAAAUAAUAUCAACUAUUCACUACACAACUUUAAUGAUUUGACACCAAACGAUCAGUUAGAUAUUAUAAACCGUCUUGGAAAUGACGUCAUAAUAAACCUUGAACUAAAACCACUCCUCGAACUACCAAAAACAGAAAAAAAACACAAAAAAUUACAAGCAGACCACUAUGAAAGAUUGGCCAGUUUGAGAGCAGGCGAUAUUAUAAACAUAAAUGAACUAAGAAAAGUAAAUUCGCGAUUGAAAGUAAAUAGCGUAGAUGUCAGCUUUUAUGGAAAUGCAAAAAUGCCUAUUUUAAAGAGUAAUUACACAAAUUGUUAUGAAUACAAUGAAACUAACGGAAUUUAUUUGCAACCGAUAAACUAUACGUCACGCUAUGGAUCUCAGAUAGUCUCCGAUAAAAUAAACCUUUUUGAAGAAAUAAUUAAACGCAAAUACUACGGAGUAAAUCGAAUAUACUUGAAUGAAAAUUAUAAGUGCCUAAAAGUAACUAUUUGUUCCGAAAUUGUAAGGAGAAAAGUAAAAAUUGAACUUUUGAACGAAAAAUCAAAAAAUGACAUUUUUGUGAACGAGAAUAUUAUACUCGGAUUAAAUAAUUAUGAUAAAACGCACUACGUUGCCAAAACUGAACGGGGACAAUGUUUGUUUCAGGCUCUAAUUUAUCCCGCGGAAGCUGGCAAUCAUGAUGAGACGAAACUUUUGACUCCUGUGUACACAGGAAAAAUAUUAUCAGCCAAUAAUAAUAAUACUCUGGAAAAUUUGGUACAAAAACGUCUUAAUGACAAUGGAAAAGAUUUUUGGACUAUGAAAGAUGAGCCAAUAGACAUGUUAUUUAUAUUAAAUGAAUUUCGUUACAAUUAUAAGACUAAUAUAAAUAUUUUUUUGAAGAAGACGUACUAAAUGUUCAAUAACUAAUAAUAAAAAUAAAGUUGACAAGAUUUUCAGUAUAUGUACUUGUUAUUACCUUCAA